AAUAAACACAGAGUACAUCCAGAGUUAACUAUACAUUUUCUAGGUGACAGAUUUUUCAGAGGUAUAUAUCCACCAUGUCAAAGGCAACCAAACGCAAGCACGUAGUCAAAGAAGUACUGGAGGAUUAUGUCACACCCACUGAAGACCAGCAGAUCAUGAGGGUCUUGGGAAGUAAUGGCAAUAACCUCCAUGAAGCUGUGACUGGCAGUGGCGAGCGUUUUCUCCUCAGUAUGCCUACUAAGUUCCGCAAGAACAUCUGGAUCAAACGAGGAGACUUUGUCAUUGUUGAUCCCAUUAAAGAAGGAGGAAAGGUAAAAGGAGAAAUUAGCUUCAUACUUUACAGGGACCAUAUUCAGCACCUGAGGAAACUUGGUGUCUGGCCAGAAGGAUUCCAGGAGGAUCGCACAUCCGGUGAGAGAAACGAGGGAACACCGAAAGAAAGAAGUGAAGAAAAAGAAGAGGAGGAGGGUGACAGCGAAUCUGAGGACGAUGACAGCGAUCUGUUUGUGAACACCAAUCGUGCCACUGUUCUUUACAGUGAGAGUGAGGAAGAAACCGAUGAAGAUGAGGAAGAAGAUAAAGGAAGAGCAUAAAUCUACAAAUGAUACCACAACAUGACCAAGAACAGCUUUCUGUGGUGAGAAACCUAGGUUAGAAACUUGGAAAAACCCAUUUAUGCCUGAUUUCAAAAUGUCAAGAGUUCUCUUGCAUGGCUUUGAGAAGGUGUUCAAAACGUUUUGUUUGAGUUAAAGGAAACUUGAUUAUGUAUAUGUAUCAUAAUUAUUGUAAAUAAGGAGUUGUAAUAAAUUCUCUUUCGUA